CGCCGCUGGGGAGGACGCGGCGGAGCGGAGGAGAGGAGAGCGGAGGACUCCCCCCCGCCCCCCGUCGCCAUGGAGUUCCCAGACGUGGGCGCGCACUGCUCCGAGCCCAGCUGCAAGCGUUUGGAUUUCCUGCCCCUGAAGUGCGACGCGUGCGCCGGCAUCUUCUGCAAGGACCACAUCGCUUACGCCCGACACCGCUGCACCUCGGCCUACGGCAAGGACGUCCAGGUGCCGGUGUGCCCACUGUGCAACAUGCCCGUGCCCGGGGCGCGGGGGGAGCCGCCGGACCGGGCCGUGGGGGACCACAUCGACCGGGACUGCCGCUCCGACCCGGCCCAGCGCAAGCGGAAGAUCUUCACCAAGCGAUGCGGGCGGGCCGGCUGCCGCCAGCGCGAGAUGAUGGAGCUGACGUGCCAGGGCUGCGGGCGCAACUUCUGCCUCAGGCAUCGCCACCCGUUGGACCACGCCUGCCCCGGGGAGGAGGGCCGGGACGCACGAGUGGCUGCCAUUCCUAGGGCCCAGGGCCUCUUCCCGGACCCCCCGGCUCCGGCCCGGGAAGGGGGCAGAAUCGGAACGCCAAUCCCGACUCCUUCCAGGAUGGGCGCCCCUCCGCCCCACCCCGCCCUGGCUCUGCAGAACGGACUGAGCGAGGACGAGGCCCUGCAGCGGGCUCUGGAGUUAUCCUUGGCGGAGGCCGCCCGGUGGACCACCCCCAGUCGAAGCGCCCAGGAGGAGGACGACCUCGCCCUGGCCCGGGCCCUGGCCGCCAGCGAAGAGGAGGAGCGGCGUUCGCAGGCCGAGGGCCGGGGGGCGAAGCCGACCGGCUGCAGCCUGUGCUAGGGGCGGGCGGGGGGCCCGCCGGAGGAGCCGGAGACCCCCGCAGCAGGAGGAGGAGGAGGAAGAGGAGGAGGAGAAGAAGAAGAAACGGGGGUCGCCCCCCGACCCCCGGGGUGGAGAAUAAAACAUUUCUGCCGCUGCUGCUUCUAAAACUAA